AGGAUGACGGUGCAUCUGUCACCGCGGCGACGGUUGUUAAAAUCACUGCCGUCGAAUAAUGCACGGUAUCAUAACUGAAAUACGAUAUUAUGUUGACUUAUGAGAGUUAUUCUCUGAUUUACAUCUCAGCGAGGCUCGCGGUGGCCUGGUCAGCCUGUGUGGGUGAUCUUCAGUGCUGAAGUAUGCUCUUCUCUAGUCGCUAGUAUGCAGUGUGCAGCGCUGUCCCUGGACUGAAGUAAUUGGUCGCAGUGUCCUGAUCAUUAUGUGCCGCGGGACGCGAUGAUAAAAUGAGUCAAAGUCGCUGCGAAAAGUUAUAAAUCGUGUUAAGAGGGUAACAUGGACUAUAGACGCAAGAGGAGACUGACCUUCUUCACGAUUGGACUGAUCUUCUUACUGAGCGGCAUCGAGUACGCUGUGAUCUUGCCCACGAUAUGGCGGUAUCUGCAGACGCUGAGUGCGCCGCCGUACUUCCUUGGCCUCAGCCUAUCAGCGUUCAGCUUCAGCGGGCUCCUCGCCGGGCCUCUGUUCGGCCUGUGGUCCGACCGCACGCUCGGCACCAAGAAGAUCAUCCUGUUCGCCAAUGUCUUUGAGAUUGUCGGUAAUUUCUUGUAUUUUAUGGGAUAUUCCAAAUGGUUAUUGCUCGGCAGUCGUCUAGUUGCAGGUAUCGGCACUGGUGCUGGAUCCUCUAUCUUUGGCUUCUUGACUCGAAACACGGCCCCUGAGGACCGCUCGACCGUGUUCGCUGCCGUCAUGGCCUGCCGUCAGGCGGGGCUUCUUAUUGGUCCCGCGUUCAACAUCUUUCUCCGGCUCUGUGACUUCCAGGUCGGGCCUUUCACAGUGAACAAAUUCACGUCCCCAGGGCUCUUCAUGUGUCUGCUGUGGAUCCUUCUUCAGUUCGUAGUGCUGUUCAUGUACUGGGACUUCACUCCUGAAGACGACAGGCGUCAGAGGAACGGAGAGGUGCGGGGCGACCUGGAGGAGGAGGACAGCGAAGAGGCCAAGCCUUUGGUUGGGCCCAACGAGCUCACCGGGUCGUACGGGACGGUCACCAGCGUCCAGUCCAGAGCCUCUUCAGUGGCCAAUGGAGAAGUGACUUGUGCUCCCUCCACCGGAGGACGUCAGCUCCAGUCCCUUAAGAACUUCAGUGCCAGCCGAGAUUCACAUGCACAUGUUUUAAUUCCAGCUGUGAUCUUGCCCACGAUAUGGCGGUAUCUGCAGACGCUGAGUGCGCCGCUGUACUUCCUUGGCCUCAGCCUAUCAGCGUUCAGCUUCAGCGGGCUCCUCGCCGGGCCUCUGUUCGGCCUGUGGUCCGACCGCACGCUCGGCACCAAGAAGAUCAUCCUGUUCGCCAAUGUCUUUGAGAUUGUCGGUAAUUUCUUGUAUUUUAUGGGAUAUUCCAAAUGGUUAUUGCUCGGCAGUCGUCUAGUUGCAGGUAUCGGCACUGGUGCUGGAUCCUCUAUCUUUGGCUUCUUGACUCGAAACACAGCCCCUGAGGACCGCUCGACCGUGUUCGCUGCCGUCAUGGCCUGCCGUCAGGCGGGGCUUCUUAUUGGUCCCGCGUUCAACAUCUUUCUCCGGCUCUGUGACUUCCAGGUCGGGCCUUUCACAGUGAACAAAUUCACGUCCCCAGGGCUCUUCAUGUGUCUGCUGUGGAUCCUCCUUCAGUUCGUAGUGCUGUUCAUGUACUGGGACUUCACUCCUGAAGACGACAGGCGUCAGAGGAACGGAGAGGUGCGGGGCGACCUGGAGGAGGAGGAUAGCGAAGAGGCCAAGCCUUUGGUUGGGCCCAACGAGCUCACCGGGUCGUACGGGACGGUCACCAGCGUCCAGUCCAGAGCCUCUUCAGUGGCCAAUGGAGAAGUGACUUGUGCUUCCCCUCCACCGGAGGACGUCAGCUCCAGUCCCCUUAAGAACUUCAGUGCCAGCCGAGAGUUCAUCAGAGAGGAGGUGGUUGUGCUGUUGGCAGCUCAGUUUAUCACACUGUUUAAUCAGACCGCUCUAGAGACUAUGGUGACUCCUCUGACGCAAAAGUUCUUUAACUUCGGCGAGCUGGAGAACAGCAUCAUGUACUGCAUAUGUGGCGUGGAGGUGAUCGCGGGCUUCGUGUUCGUGCGCUGGCUGAGCAAGCGUGUGGCGGAGCGAGUCGUGCUGGCCGUCGGCCUCAUCCUCUGCAACAUCUCCUGCGUCUGGUGCCUGAUCUUCCUGGCCAAUCCUCAGGGUGGAUUUGCGUGGCAGCUGGCGGAGUUCAUCAUUGGUGUUUUCCUUCAGGUCCUGGGCCUUCCUUUUGUUGCCGUUGCCCAGGUGUCGCUCUUCUCCAAAAUUACAUCACAGAAGACGCAAGGAUUCAGCCAGGGGAUCCGCCGCUCUGUCGGAGGACUGGCCACCAUCCUCGGUCCUCUCUGGGCCGGCGGCCUGACCUCUAACCUCUAUGUGAUGAUGGGGGUGAUGAUGGGUCUGCUUGUCCUGCUCACCAUCAUGAUGGUGGUGUCGUAUGAGCGUCUGGUGGAGCCUGUAACGGUGGACAGUCCGACAGACGCUGAAUCUGAAGACUGACAGGUGUGUGCCGCUGUUGGUGAGCAAGCUGUUUGCUGACACAUUGAACUCCAAUAAAUCUUUUGGAAGCGGUCUAGGGUUGAUUCACCGGUGACUACUGAAGAGAAUCUGCAUUUACUGCAGGAACAAAAGUAAGUGGCGGUGAAUGCAGCCUUCAGGAGUCGGGUAAGAACAACAUGACUACGGGAAGCGAGGAGGGUCUUCAUCUCUGCUCUGUGCAGAGUCUGAUCAAGACAAAGACUUUAUACAUCUACAUUUCUACUAUAUUUCCUGUGGAAAUUGCAGUAGAUCAAAUGUUUUAUGAUUAAGAAUGAACAGGGCACAUUCAGAGGGAACAUCCAUUUAUGUGUUUCAUGAUGAUUUUAAGAGAUUUAUGCUUUAAGUUUAGGGUUAUAUAUUUUGGAGCUGCUGAUUGAUAAUUGAAAAAAAUAUAUUAUUACUAAUGUGUUUUUGAAAUGAUGAAUUUCACAUGGGUCAAUUUUAGAUAGCAUUAAUUUCCUUAUUUUUCCAUUUGAUAAGACUUCUGCUACUUUCAAAUGUCAUAUAAUAAUGUAGAUUAUAAUUGAAUUAGAAAUAAUAACCUCAUUACAUUUCUUUCUUAAAAACAUUUUGGAAACCCUGUUACAUCUGAAAUGUUUUGGGGUUGAAUGUUACAGGAUUCAAAAUUAGAAUAUUUCUCAUUUAAGCAUAUAUAUAUAUAUAUAUAUAUAUUAGAUAUAUAUACUA